AUGCUUCAGAUUCGCUCCUGCCAAACUGUGCGAGUUGAUCCGGAUAGUGAGCAGAUAAUAAUCUGUUCAAGUAUAGUAUUACACUCAUAUGGUAUGAGUUUUGAUGAACGAAAAGAUGAGCUCAAAAGCCUUGUUAGAGCCCGUCCAGCCGUGGUGAAUGUGAAAACGAUGAAAGAUGAUGAAUUUCAAGAAGAAGGAACUGUGCAGAAUGUACUCAUUGGAAAACAGAUGAUCGUUGUCGAAAGGAAGACGAGACUUUUGGUGAGAGGCAUUUAA